ACCUCAAAAUGAAAAUUAUCAGCCACACUUUUCCGUAUAUGAUAUAAGGAACUAUUGAAUACAUUUCUGAUGAUAAUACUGUGAUUUACCAAAAAAACACACAUGCAAAGAAUCGCUAUAAAUAAAAUUUUACAUAUGUCGAUCGUCUUCUCAAGUUUUAUUUUGUUCUUCACCAUCACUACAAGCUUUCUCGCAGUUCAACGAACAUCGGCGGCUUCACCAGCUCUUCUUCAUCCAGAUGAAUUAAAAGCGCUUGAAGAGAUAGCUUCUACACUUGGAAUCACAAAAUUGAACCUAGGCUAUGGAGACCCUUGCAAAUUGAAAAAUCUAAAGAUUGAUGUUGCUCAGGAUCCAGGGAGUGAGAACGUCAUUGCUUGUGAUUGUAGUUUCAACAAUACAUGCCAUAUUACAGAGUUAAAGCUCAAGACCCUCAGUCUUACCGGAAAACUUCCACCAGAGCUGGUCAAACUUCCGCAUCUCCGGUCGAUAAGCGUGGUUCGAAAUUAUCUUUCGGGCACAAUCCCGAUGGAGUGGGCUUCAAUGCCAUAUCUCACUUCCAUCUUGGUCGGCGCAAAUAAUCUAUCUGGGCCUUUACCAGCUGGUUUACAAAACUUCAAGAAUCUGACAGAAUUAGCGGUUGAAGCGAACCAGUUCUCUGGUCUGAUACCUGAUGAGAUAGGUAACUUGACCAGCCUAAUAAGAUUGAACCUUGGGUCGAAUCAAUUUACAGGUACCCUGCCUACUACUCUUGCUAGACUGGUGAACCUUGAGGAUUUUCGGAUAAGUGACAAUAAAUUUAAUGGCAUCAUCCCAAGCUUCAUUGGCGACUGGCCUCAGCUUGAAAAAAUAUAUCUAUAUGCAAGCGGACUGAAAGGACCUAUUCCUGAUUCAAUCUUCUGCCUAAAAAGUCUUCGGGAUCUGAGGGUUAGUGAUAUUGCCGGGAUAGAGUCCUUUCCAAAUAUAUCCAGCAAAUCCGUGAUGACCCUGAUAUUGAGAAAUGUGAGUUUGUCCGGUCAAAUUCCUUCUUACGUCUGGUAUAUGCCACACCUAAAGACUCUAGCGGUUGAAGCGAACCAGUUCUCUGGUCUGAUACCUGAUGAGAUAGGUAACUUGACCAGCCUAAUAAGAUUGAACCUUGGGUCGAAUCAAUUUACAGGUACCCUGCCUACUACUCUUGCUAGACUGGUGAACCUUGAGGAUUUUCGGAUAAGUGACAAUAAAUUUAAUGGCAUCAUCCCAAGCUUCAUUGGCGACUGGCCUCAGCUUGAAAAAAUAUAUCUAUAUGCAAGCGGACUGAAAGGACCUAUUCCUGAUUCAAUCUUCUGCCUAAAAAGUCUUCGGGAUCUGAGGGUUAGUGAUAUUGCCGGGAUAGAGUCCUUUCCAAAUAUAUCCAGCAAAUCCGUGAUGACCCUGAUAUUGAGAAAUGUGAGUUUGUCCGGUCAAAUUCCUUCUUACGUCUGGUAUAUGCCACACCUAAAGACUCUUGAUUUAUCGUUUAACAAUUUGAGUGGUGAAGUUCAGUCACUAGAAAAAGCACCCGAAUAUACCUAUUUGAAUGGCAACAUGCUUUCAGGAAACGUUGGAUCUGGUGCUUUCCUUAAUAAUGAAUCUUACAUUGAUCUCUCUUAUACCAAUUUCUCAUACCCAUCAGGCUGCCCGGACAAGAGUAACAUUAAUACAUAUCGGAGCUCAUAUUUGCAGAAAAAUUUAACUGGACUUCUACCAUGUGCUGCUCCAAUAAAGUGCAGUUCUGAUAACAGUGAAACCAAAGCCGCAACAAAUCAUCACAAUGAAAACUGGGGAGUUAGUAGCACGGGUUACUUGUCGAAUGAUAUAUACUUAAUUACACCUAGUUUUAAACUAUCUGAGGAUUCUCCUCCUUUCUAUAAGUCGGCCCGACAAUCUGCUCAAUCUCUGGUUUAUUAUGCGUUUUGCUUGGAAAAUGGAGCCUUCAAUGUGAAACUCCAUUUUAUGGAGAUUCAGUUUUCCGACGAAGAACCCUACAGUCGUCCUGGCAGACGCAUAUUUGAUAUCUAUAUUCAGGGAGAAUUGUUCUGGAGGGAUUUUAACAUCAAAGAGGAGGCCAAUGGAACUGGGAAGCCCGUUGUGAAAGAAGCAAGUGUGAAUGUAGCAAAUCAUUUGUUAGAGAUUCGGUUGUAUUGGGCGGGGAAGGGGACAACCAUCAUUCCCAAAAGAGGAAACCAUGGUCCUAUUAUCUCUGCCAUCUCCUUGUGUCACAGCAGUUCGGAGCCAGGGUGUGGAGCGGAUAAAACAAAACAUCACACUAGUUAUCCAUUAAUAUUCGGGAUAACAGGAGCCUUGUUAGCAAUUACGAUCUUGGCUUUGGGAUUAUAUGCCCAAAAAAGAUUCAGGGGAGACAAGAACAAAAGAAAACGAGAUUUGAGAGCACAGGGUCUGCAAACGGUUUGCUUUACUUGGAGGCAACUGGAAGCUGCAACAAACAAUUUUGAUCAAGCCAAUAAACUUGGAGAAGGAGGUUUUGGAUCAGUAUUCAAAGGAGAGCUUUCAGAUGGAACUAUCAUAGCAGUCAAGCAGCUUUCUUCCAAAUCAUGCCAAGGAAAUCGCGAGUUUGUGAAUGAGAUAGGCAUGAUCUCAGGUCUGAAUCAUCCAAACCUUGUCAAGCUUUAUGGAUGCUGCGUGGAGAAGAAUGAACUGUUACUUGUGUAUGAGUACAUGGAAAAUAACUCCCUUGCUCUGGCUUUGUCUGGGAAUAGCUCCUUAAAACUGGACUGGGCAGCAAGACAAAAAAUAUGUGUCGGAAUCGCAAGAGGGAUUGAUUUCCUCCACCAUGGAUCGAUGAUAAGGAUGGUUCACCGUGACAUAAAGACCACAAAUGUCCUUCUAGACGCCGACCUAAAUGCAAAGAUAUCUGACUUUGGAUUGGCUAGGCUCCAUGAAGCAGAACACACUCACAUUAGCACCAAAAUCGCAAGGACCAUUGGAUAUAUGGCUCCGGAAUAUGCACUAUAUGGUGAAUUAACUGAGAAAGCAGACGUGUUCAGCUUCGGGGUUGUGGCAAUGGAAAUUGUUAGUGGGAAGAGUAAUAUGAAACAAACAGAAAGUUCUGAUCACAUCUGGCUUAUCAAUUGGGCGCUGACGCUGCAACAAACAGGGGACAUAAUGAAUAUCAUUGAUCCAGUGCUCGAAGGUGAUUUCAAUAGCAAAGAAGCAGAGAGGAUGAUCAAAGUUGCUCUUGUUUGCACAAAGUCAUCUCCUUCCCUAAGGCCAACAAUGUCAGAGGCAGUGCAAAUGCUUGAGGGAGUGAUUGAAAUAACACAAGUUCUGUCAGAUCCUGGUUUAUAUGGAAAUGACUGGAACAUCACAAAGCUGAGGGGCACUGAUACACAUGGUAGCUCAAGCACGUCUGGUUUGACUGAUCAAACGGCAACGACAAUGAAAUCCUCUGUUUCUGGUGCUGAUCUUUACCCGUUAUACCCCGAAUCCAUGAUCUUAAACUCCACAGUAGACUUUUCUUCCCCGUCACUCUAACAUCAGAAGCUGUGUGUGCAUUGCCUUGUAUCUAAUAAGUUGUCUUAUACAUUUACAUGUAUCUCUAUGAAUGUUUAUUAAACCGGAUUAUAUCUUUUUAUGAAAGUCUCUAGUGGUCACUGAACUAAACUCUCUUUCUUCUCA